AUGGGGGAGGGUGGAGAUAGUGCCCAUUUUUGUGAACAAGACAAUUUUCCCGCUUCUGAGGCGGACAGGCCCAAAGAGAGCUGCAAGGAGUUGCAUCCUGCUGCUGUUGCAAAAGGGCAAGAGAAUCAGCCCCCGCUCCAACGGGUGGCUGAGCCAAUCCCACAGUUUUCCAAGCCUUCCUCUGAGGCUUCCGCAUUUUCACCUCAGGCGAGUCAUCCUGGCGCGCAGAGGUCUGGACAGGCGCAAUGUACUGCGCCCCAGACCAUACAGGAGUGUUGGGUUUUGGAGAUUUUCGCAGGGUCAGCCGGGAUUACCUCGGCGGCUGCUUCAGCCGGCCUCAGGCGGUCGGUCGGAGUGGAUAACGUCCGCAUGCCGAGGCGCAAGGGCAAGAUAAUACAGCUGGACUUGCUCCUGCUGUCGCACCAAGGUCUGCUGUGGAAAUGGCUGGGUUCCCCAGGACUGGCAGCCGUAUGGCUGGCGCCGCCCUGCGGCACAUCCAGCAGGGCCAGGGAAAUCCCGCUUCCGUGGGAGGACGAGCCGCAUCCUUUGAGGUCAGUGGAGUACCCGGAAGGGCUUCCAGGCCUUGGCCCAAGUGAUGCAGAAAGGGUGGCAAAGGCUAACGAGCUUUACCGGCUCACGGCCCGAAUCUGGGACUUUUGCUGCGAAAAUGGCAUUGUGGUAAUCAUAGAGAACCCCUAUCGCAGUUUCUUCUGGCAUUGCAGCGCCAUUGAACACAUCCUGAGGAGUGAACAGGCGAUCGUGGUCCAGUGCGACUUUUGCAUGAUGGGAGGUUCGAGAUUAAAGCGGACGGCCUUGCUGUGUAACAACGACCUUAUCACAGGCCUGGCUGUCACGUGUGAUGGAUCCCACGAGCAUCUACCCUGGGAAGUGCACGAGGGAGUUCUCGCAACAAAGCUUGAGACCGCGUACCCGCACCAGUUUUGCAAGCACUUCGUUUCCCUGCUGUUGCAGCAUCUGACACCCUUCUACAGAAGGGGAGAUCCCGCAAACUCCUCAGGAGCCAGGGUGGUAACGACACAGGCGAAGACCAAAAAGGCUGCAUCUUUUCAGGUCAUCCCCGAAUUUUGCCGACGAACCAGAUGGACAGUGCCCGGCCAACUCCGCAGCACUCUCCAAACUACACAGUGGUUGGGACCGGACAAGAUCCCGGGUUUCAAGGCGCCAGGAGCCUCGGCGUUGAGAGUGACGCCCCUACUGUCUUCUGCGACGGACGUUCUGGUGGAGGUCCCGUGGAACCCACAGGAAUUUGUGGCGAAAGCCCGACUGGCCGGCCACCCCCGACACCUGUGCCUCGGGGUGCCACCCGCCCUCAGGAAGGCAAUUUUGGCGUGCUCUAAACAGCCCGCAGCCAAGGUGAUUGAGACUCGAGCCGCGCAGUCACGAAGAUGGCUCCAGCGAGCCCAGGAGCUGCAGCUAGCCGAAAACGACUUCAAAGCCAAGCUGCCCGAGCACAUCCGCAGCAGCCUCCGCAACAAGAGAAUACUGCUCUUCAAAGAGAUGCUAGAAGCGUCCCACUACGCCGACAAGGCAGUGGCAGACGACCUGGCACAGGGUUUCGAUCUUGUAGGGCAUUUGGACCUCCCGGCAGGCUGGUCCACCGACUUUCGUCCAGCAUUCCUUUCCCUGAAGGACCUGUCCCAAUUGACGCAGGAGACCAACCACCAGGUCAUCAAGGAAGUUGAGGACUCAUCUCAGUUUCUGGAAGAACUGUGGCAGAAAAGUCUCGAUGAAGUGUCGAAAGGCUGGUCGGAAGGACCGUUCCGAGAACAGGACCUGCCACAAGGAGCUGUAAUCAGCAAACGUUUUGCAAUCCAGCAAGGGAACAAGGUGAGGCCGAUCGACGACCUGUCCCAGAGCCACAUCAACGAGGCAUUUGGGAGUAUGGGGAAGAUCGAGUUGCAUGAUGUCGAGACAAUUGCAGCCUCAGCCAUCUUGUUCCUGAGGCACGCAGGACAAGGACUGCUUGGGAAAACCAUUGACCUGAAAUCAGCAUAUAGGCAGCUGCCACUGUCCGAAGAGGCACUCAACAUGGCCCAUGUGGCUGUCAAGGACCCCAGCUCGGGGGAGGUUCGCUUCUUCAGGCUUCUUUGCCUUCCAUUUGGAGCCGUGGCGGCGGUCCACGCGUUCAUCAGGGUCAGCUUGGCUAUUUGUCAUAUAGGAAACACGUUUUGGCACUUGCCUUGGAGCUCGUUUUACGAUGACUUCACGCUGUUGUCAACACGACAGCUGGCCCCUAGCGCAGAGGCCAGUGCAUGUUUUCUGCUAGACUUGCUCGGCUUUGAGUUUGACAGUGACGGAGACAAGGCUCCGCCGACGGUGCGAGCCCAGACCUCAGAGACGGUGUAUGCUUUUACGGACGCCUCGCAAGAAGGACUCCAAGGCCUCGAAAUGGGUCUGGGAGCAGUCCUGUUUAAUCAGGAGGGGCAGAUCCUGUGCUGGUUUGGCAUUGUGUUGCCGCAUGACCUUGCUGAGAAACUCCUGCAAGGAAAGUCCAAAGUCAUCAACGAGCUCGAGAGCAUAGCUGUUCUCCUGCUCUUCAUUCUAGCCCGAGAAUUUCUCCGGGGAAAACACGUGAUGUGCUACUUAGACAAUGAAGCGGCGCGCAUAACGCUCCUCAAGCUGACCAGCGAUUCAGAGGCCUUGACCCUCUUGAGCAAUGCUUGCGCAUUGUUGGAACAGGAGCUCGAGAUGAUUCCGUUCUACGCUCGGGUACCGAGCAAAUCCAACGUGGCGGAUGCCCCAUCCCGCCUUGACUUUACAGGGUUGCCACACAAUUGCAGGUUCAAAGAUCAGGUGCUUCUCGCGGAAAUGGCCAAGCUGGUGAACUCGCUCGUCGGGCGCUGCGCCUUUCCUGGACGAUGCUUCUCUACGUUGGUUGUUUUCACUAACACACAGACGGCGCCUCACAAAGACGUGAAUGCUCCCUUCCCCAAUUUGCUUCUCCCACUUUCCAAGUUUACUGCUGGGCAAGUUUGGCUGGAAGAUUCCGAGGGCGAUGUCUAUCGCACAGUGGCCGGCCAGGCCCGACCUGGACGCUUGUUGGACGUGGCUGCUGGACCCUGUUUGCUGGAAGCCCACAAAUAUCUUCAUGCCACGGAACCCUGGCAAGGCUGCCGCAUCGUCCUCGUGGGGUUCACGGUCCGCCGCCUGCACCUUCUUUCACCUGACCAGGUUACCUUGCUGGCCGCGCUGGGCUUCGUCUUGCCCGAUGCAGACCGCGCACGCAUGGGGGAACACGCUUCUGCAUCGGUCAUGGUACAAAAGGCGUCGGGAGAAAAGACUAUGGUAAAGGCGUCUGGGGCGGCCGAGGCGAAUCCUUCGACAAAAGCCAGUCAGGAAGUGAUCAUGGUGGAUUCGGGGGAUGAGCUUCCGGAAGAGACUGCAGACGCUGAAAUUCCUUUUGAUCCGCGUACAAGCCGGGCAUUUGGACAACCUAUAGUCUGUCGUCACGACACAGGCAAGCGAGUCUUCGUUGAUGGCUUUGGACUAUGUUCCCCGGGCCGUUGGCCACCGGGCCAAAGGGGACAACUGAAUUCUUGGGAAGAGAGCUCGCGUGCUGAACGGAUGCAAAGGAUCUUGCGUAACUUCGUUUUGUCUGAGCUUCCUGACAUUCGGAAGUCUGCAUUCUGCUUGGCUGCUGGAAGGCUGGAAUCAAGUCCCUUCACACAACCCGCUCUGAAGAGACUACGUGGUGAGCUGGCGGGAGCAUUGCCCGAUCCGACCCUGGCGCUUCGGGUUCCUGACCGCCAGCCGUUCUUGCUGUACAUGCUAGCGGCCGCCGCAAUCUUUGCGGAUCUUGGGAGCGUGCCUUUGGGUGACGAGGAGCCGUUGCCACGUACUCCGCAGGUUUUUGCCCGUCGUGAAAAGUUCCGAAAACUGGAUGCAUCACCUUUCCAGGCGAUCAUGGACAACUACACGUCAGCAGAACUGUCCUCUGAGCAACUUGAGGAUCAUUUUCGGGCUGAUGAACAGAAGGGCCGCGUGCUGCCGACCACGGAGGGAGCAGUGGCUCAGGAGUAUGGACCAGGGCGGCUUUUGGUAGCAGCUAUGGGUGCCGUGGAGAAAACCAAUGGUGACAUCAGACCGCUGCACGACGGAACUCACGGCGUCAACUUGAACAAUCGAAUACGCAUCUUGGAUAAAUUGGAGACACCAGGUGUGGUCGACCAGACCGAGUGUGACUUGCGUGCCGCUGAUGAGCAAGCCCAGUCUUUCGUUCGUUCUCUUCAGGGCUCUUUCCAAGGGGGUGAGUCGGGAGCCCUUGAAGAUACUGCCGAGAUUUUCAUGGGAAACAUCUUCGUCUUUGCGUUUUUCCUGGGAGAGAGGUGUGUGCCACCCACGACGGUUAAGUUCCUGAAACGCAUCACAGUGGAGCGGUCGGAGGAAGACAUCCGAACGGCUGCUCUUAAGAAGAUGAGGCUGGUCAUCUUGUGGGAUCCAGAGGUGAGUAGCUUGGGAAGGUCUUUGCUGUCGUUGCUCGGGGCAGAUGUAAACGAGGAGGCCAUCAAGAAGUCUUUUUCGGAUGCCUUCAGAACUAAAGCUUCCAGGACAAUCUCAAAGCGAGGUGGGUCCCUCCUGAGGUAUUUUUCCUGGUGCACAACAGAGAGCAUAGACAGCCCUCUUGCAGUCGAUGAGCCGACCAUAUACAUGUAUGCAAACUUCUUGCGUGACUCAGGAGCCAGGCCGACCAGCAUGACGCAUUUUGUGGAAGGCCUUCGCUUUGUGCACGGGGUCGCCAAGUUGCUGCACAUGGAGCCUGAAACAGUCCUCUCCAGCCGGGUGCUUGGCAUAAGCCGGGACCUACAUUUGAUGAAGCGUCCUCUGCAACAGAAACCUGAACUGACGGUUCCCAUGUUGAUGGCAUUGGAAGCAUUCUGUGUGGAAACUGGACCAGUACUUGCGUGCAUUUGUGGACAGCUGCUGUUUUGUGCGCAUUCGGCUGACAGAUGGAGCGAUUCUCAGAACCUCAAGGAGAUUUCAAUUCAGGAGUCCGACGGCGUGAUCUUAGUUGUUGCAUCAGGCUUGACAUCCAAGACGACUGUCUCUAAGGAGGCAAAAACCCGGCUGCUUCCCUACGCAGCCCUCGGCUGUGGGUUGUCUGGCAACAAUUGGGCGAAAGCUUGGCUGAAGGCUCGUGAACAUGAAGGCCUCUCCCUUGAGAACUUUGCGCUGCCGUCACGCCUCGAGAGCCAAAACCGCUGGAGCUCUGUUCAGAUGGGGAGCGUCGAGGCGACCAGCUACCUGCAGGACUUUCUGAUUUUGAAGGGAAUCGAUCAAGACCAAGCCAUGCAGAGGGCGACGCAUUCGUUGAAGGCCACUUUGACAUCUUGGGCGGGCCGCUGCCCUCGCCCAAAAUUCAGUGGAGCGGAAAAGCGCCUUCUUGGACACCACAUUGCUCCAAAGGAGAAAUCACCGGCGACCUACGCCCGGCAGCAGUACACCCUUUUGUACGGGCGAGUCAUGGCGAUGUUCGAAGCCAUCCGCGCGGGAGACUAUGACCCUGACUUGUCUGACGUUGAUCGGGUGGUGCAAGUGGCUGCAGCGGAGCGACCAGGUGCCGCCCAGGACGUCAUUGCUCCGGAACCCGAGGCGCCUGUGCCACGACACGAUUUUGACGAGUUCGAGGCGUCGCACCGAAGUCUGACAAUCGGUGAUGUUGCUCCCACUCGAACGCAAGUCGAGAUCUUUGGGGAGAGCAAGUUGAGCCUACUCCAGCUGACUCGAAGCCUUUAUCGAGAAUCACCCAGCUGUGAGUGUCGAGCCAUGGCGGGGAUUGCAGUGGAUAGCGAGGCCUGGUUUUUGGAGCGUUGCCAGAAGGUCAAACUCAGCGAGUCCACCAUUCGCAUUCUUGUCGAUGCGGGAUUCAAGAGCUUCGGAACCUUGGCUUUUGCUGUGUCUACCACGCCGACACAAUUGGAUGAAGCCGAUGUGAAGCGAUGGAUGGGAAACAUUUUUCCACAUGACUUCCCGCCUGAUCAGUCCUCUAAGGUGAGACGUUUGAUGUUUGAAGCCCAGAACCUAAGCGUGGCUGACAUGAAGGCACGCGUGGAACCUGCCGCUGACACAGCUGCGGUUCGUGCUAUGCCCAAUGCGGAGCGCUUGGCCCGCCAGGAGGCCUUGAAGAAGCGUGUCACGGGCCUCAUUCUUUCGCCUGAAACCUUGCCAGCUCAUUCCGUUGUGGACACUCUUGUCAAACAACUCGAGGAUGGAGUCCUCCAGUACUUGCCAGCCUAUCGCAUCAUCAGCCGUGCCCAGGAAGCUCAGAUGUUGAAGAAAGACCAGCAAGUGGUGGUUGAUGGCGAGGGGAACUUGAAGAUGGCGAGCAAAGCCGAAUCUGCCACUUGUGACACGCACACUGACUUAGCUCUGCGCAAUGCUUGGACUCGUCGCUCGCUGGCAUAUGAUCUCGCCGGCUUGUGCAGCUUUCAGGUGCUUGAGGAGUGGUGUCACAAAUGCUUCCUUGCCUUGAUGAGGCCCGUGCCCAAUGGUUACUCCAAAGUAACCACUCAUCAACUUAUUGCUGCCGACAGGCACCUGUUCACGCUGGCUUCGCAUGCGCUCCUUGGAAAACUUGCCGGCGAGCCCGGCCGUGAGAAGCCUUUGGAAACCCAGAUCAAGCUUUUGUCCGAGUCGCAAGAGGUUUUGCAGUACCUUAACGCUCUCCCUACUCCUCCUCCUUCUGCCCCCUGGCCAGGCAAGCGCAAAUGGGAUGACCCCAAAGGCGGUGAGAAGGGCGAUAAAGGGAAAGGUAAGGGGAAGGGCAAGUCGUCUAAAGGUGAGGUUCGCAAGGAGUUCACAGUGCCCGACGGCUGUGUCAGCCGCGUGAACGACAAGCCUGUCUGCUUUGCCUUCAACCAAGGUCCCGAAGCCCUUGCCGAGCAACUUCUUCGAAAGCCAACCUUGGAAGCCUUUGAUGUUUUGCGAGUUUUCGACCUCUUGCCCAGAAAUCCAUCUAAACGAGAUGCCUUCCAUCACCGAAGCUUUGGUUGCGGUGCCUGGGUGUUCGGGUCCCAGAUCGGAAUUCGUACAGAUACUAAGUCUUUUCCAAAGAGCUCCGCUCUCUUUUGCCGUUAUGUUCACCAAGUGAAUCCUCACCACACCUUUUCCAGCCUGGUCUUGCUCGAUGAUGUUCAAAGCCCACUCCAUGUGGACUGCAACAAUGACCGCUCCUCCUGGAACCUCGUCAUCCCCUUGACCCGAUUUCGCAAAGGCCAAAUCUGGGAAGAAUGCGAAGGAGGGGCUGACCGCUUUGAAGACGCUUCUGGCACUUUUUGGGGGCGUCUGCAUGAUGUAUCCGCCGGACCAGUCUUGCUUCAUGCCGCCGUGAACCGCCAUGCUGUUUUGCCUUGGGAAGGCCGCAGGGUUGUGCUGAUUGCCUUCACCCCCCGGGAUAGUCCCAAGCUUCCCCUUGCCGACCGUGACUGGCUGGGUGACAUUGGCUUCCGCCUACCCUCCUCAUCCGCCUUGCCCACCCUUGGCCCGCCCAAACUCUUUCUCGAGGUCUUCUCCGGGUCCGCGACCCUGGCUCGAGCCGCCCAGAGGCUCGGGUUCACGGCCGUUGCUGUUGAUAACUGUCCCCGGCGUCCUCAAGUUCCCACGGUUCGCCUUGACCUUGCUUCCGAUAUGGGCCGCGAUGCCUUGUUUCGUUUGCUGCAUGACAAAAAGCCUGCCGCGGUGCAUCUAGGCCCCCCUUGUGGCACAUCGUCUCGGGCCCGUGAGCGGCCCUUGCCGGCCAAGUUACGCGCCCUCGGCCUCCGUGACCCUCGGCCGCUUCGGAGCGCCGACUUUCCCCUCGGCUUGCCUCACAUUGACCCCGCCAGCCCUGAUGGUUUGCGCCUCGCCGCUGCCAAUCGUCUUUAUGACUUGGUCUUUCAUGUCCUGCUUUGGUGCGCUGAGCACGACUGUGUCUUCACUCUUGAAAACCCCUCGAACUCGUGGUUCUGGAGUGUGCUGGCCUUGAAGGUCCGAAUGCACGCUUCGCCCAAGGUCCGCCGCUGGUUCAGUGACUUGCAUGAGAUCAUCUUCGACGCUUGUGAGCACGGUGGCGCUCGUCCCAAGUCCACCAAGCUCCUCAGCAACCGGGCUGCCUUUGGCAGCCUUCGUGCCCGCUGCAGCGGCCGUCAUGUGCACGAACCUUGGGGCGUCAGCUGGCGUGCUGGCGGUUGGGUGUGGUCCACUCACCUCGAGGCCCAGUAUCCUGUUGUGUUGGCUGCUCGCUGGGCCGCAUGCUUUGCUUCUGCUUGCCAUGUCUCCCCUGGCCCGACCGAGGCCCCCGACCCGCGCUUGCAGUCUCUUUCCGCGGUGGGACGCCAAACCCGUAAGCAUAAGCCCUUGGUUUCCGAAUAUAAAUUCGUGCGCAUCAUGCCCCGCGGCCAAAUUCCCUCAUCCGGUUGCAAGGUCCUCGGCGCGCCUCCCGUGCAAGGGGGUGAUUCGGGGGAGGUCGCCGAGGCUCUUCCUGAGACUUCCCCAGACAGCGAGGGGCUUGGUUUGGAUAGGGGUGAGGAUUGCCAGGUUGGUUUCUACAGGGAUCCUUGUGAAUGGUUCCAGGCUGCUAAGAAAGUGUGCCACCCUCUUGACUCCGAAAACAAACUCCCAAAGGAGCUGAAAGCUUCUCUUGAGGCCAACAUGGUAGCUGAUCGCCGAGCCCUCUUUCUUCGUCGAAAACUUGCACUGAUGAAAGCAGAGAUCCUUUCCAAAAAGUUGGAACAAGACGAAAGCAAACUUCACUCAGCGAUGCCAUCGUGGAUGCAGACCGUGAUGCAAGGCAAGAGGAUCCUACUUCUGGAGUCUUUGCUGCGACAGCACAAUUUCGAUGACAUGGAGGCAAUCGAGCUUUUGAAGUCGGGGGUGAAGUUGUCGGGUGUGUCCGAAUGCCCUGCUGCCUUUGAUGUCAAAGUGAAACCUGCCACGUCUACCGAAGCGGAGCUCCGUCAAGUCGCUCCCUUGAAACGGGCAGCGCUACUUUUGGAAAAUCGGGCUUCCGAUCCCGAGCUAGAACGCGAUCUGCUGAAGGUGACCAUGGACGAAGCGAAGGCUGGAUGGCUUCAGGGGCCUUUCAGCAGUGAAACGGAAGUUUCUGAGCAUCUGGGGAGAACAGAUUGGAGUUUGAUGCGAAGGUUUGGCGUUCGACAAGGAGGCAAACUGAGACCGAUUGACGAUGCCUGCGAUUCCGACUUGAACUGCACUUUCACCAGCACCAUGAAGCUAAAGUUACAGGACGGCGACUUCUGCAUUUCUUUGGCCAUGGAAAUCGCAAAGCGCGUGAUGGGAAAGCCGGGAGUCGUUCCCAGAGAGUGGAGUGGCCGAUGCCUUGAUCUAAGUGGUGCUUACAAACAGAUGGCAGUCUGUGAGCAACAUCGGAGCUUGUGCGUUCUGCUUCUGCGUGAUGCCGAUGGCCGCCCAAUCUUUUUCAUUUCUUCAGCAUUGGUUUUUGGGGCCUCUGCUUCAGUCUAUGCCUUCUUAAGAAUAGCUCGGGCCUUGAGCUUCUUACUGAACGUCGUGCUGGAGAUCCCUCAUGCAAACUUCUUCGACGACUAUCCAAUCCUUGUGCCUUCGGAAGAUGCUGAACAGGUGGGCCUCCUAUGCACGAAGUUUUUGCACUUGCUUGGUUGGAAACAUGCCGAAAUUGGAGAGGGUCACAAAGGCCUCCCCUUUGCGAAGUCCUUUGACGUGCUGGGCUUGCAUCUCGACAUCUCUUGCAUAUCUUCGGGAACCUUGACAGUGGCUAACAAGCUUGGCCGGGUUGACCGACUCCUUGAGCGCCUUCGUGAGAUCAAGCAGUCAGCAGUCCUUAGCCGCCACGAGGGCCAAGUCCUGCUGGGCCUCCUGCGGUACGCAGCUGGGUUCUUCGGGGGCCGGACUUUGCGUUAUGUUUGUGAAGAUUUGAACGCCAUAGUGCAUCAUGGACAUCACCCUUCUCCUGUUGCGGUUAGACUGCUAUGUCAACGCGCUAUAACUGCACUGGAGUCGUCGAGGCCCCUACAGCUCAAAGCAGAUAUGCCGAGUUCUCCGGUGCAUCUCUUUACAGAUGGCAGCUGGGAAAAAGGUGUAGCCGGAGUUGGGGCUGUGCUUUUCGACGCGCACGAUGGUUCGGCAGAGGUCUUUGGAGGCGAGAUGCCAAAGGACAUGGUAGAAUCGCUCCUACAGACCGACGGUGACCACUUGAUUGGACAAAUCGAAACCUACGCUGUCGUGGCCAUGCGGAUACACUUGGCCCAUCGCCUUUCAGGACGUCGAGUGAUCAUCUGGACAGACAAUGAAGGUUGUCGAUUCGGGCUCAUUAAAGGCCGUUCGAAGUCCCACACGAUGGACACCUUGAUCAGAAGCUUCGCCGCUGCUGAGGAUGCCGAUCCAAGUCAUACCUGGAUAUGUCGUGUGCCGAGUUACUCGAACAUCGCUGAUGGGCCUUCUCGGGGAAAGCCUGAGGAGGCUCUGAAGAUUUCAGGUAAAGGUCAGGCGAAAGGACUGGCCGAAAAUGGGAUGCCGUUCCAGUUCGACAUCGCGUGGGUGCUACGCAUCUUGUCAACGCUCUGGCAUAUGGAGGUGGUCUACGUGGAUGAUUUACACCUCGUGACCGCUGGAGAGACAAAAUUCCUUGUGCUUUGGAUGGCCCUGGCGGCGUACGAGGCCAUCGGCACGCCGUUUGCCUACCACAAAUUCAAAGGCGGGAUCAAGGUUGAUUUCGUGGGUUAUCAUAUCGCAUAUGAGCAAUGGUCUGCAGGGCUCUCAUCCAAACGCACCAAAUGGAUAGUGGGCUGGAUCAACGAUCUUGAGGCUGCGAAGUGGAUGGUAGUGGGUCGCGCCAUGGUAGAGUUCACUGGCAGGAUGACUUUUGUCGGUAGACUGCUGUUGUGGCUAAAACCUUUCUUAGCUCCGUUGCAUUUCUGGUGCGCAGUGCUAGCAAGGGGAACGACAGCGCGCGUUCCCACGAUGGUUUAUCUCUCGCUCAUCUACAUCCGGAAGAAUCUUUUGCUGACACACCACUUGGUGCCCGCGCUGCGACAGGUCCCCUUUGUGACCCAGUCGUUUCGGACUGAUGCGAAGUGUGAGCGUGGACGUGUCGUGUUGGGUGGUUGGUCCCUUGCCAAAGGGAAUGAGGAUGGAGCAAGUGAGUGGGCAUCAGCCAGCGCGGAGUUGCUGGCGACUUAUAUGGCCUUGUUUGCGUUUGGUCACCCUCAGGCUGCUGGAUGUCGCAACGUCAUGUUGGCAACGAUCUAUGGUGGAACGGACAAUCGGUCGAACCCUCAGGCCGAAGCAAAAGGGUCAUCUACGAAGUGGCCGCUCAUGGGGCUGCUGAUGCAAAUAUCUGAGACACUCCUUCAUUCCAAUCUGCGUGUGAGGCUGCAGUGGAGGCCACGGGAAGAGAACACGGAGGCCGACGAUUUGACAAAUGGUGACUUCACAAAAUUUGACAUGUCGUUGAGGAGGUUGGUUUCCUUUUCUGAUCUGAAGCUGGAUUUGUUUGAGGAAUUGAUGGCUUGCUACGAUGAGUACGAAGCCUCGAAGGUGGCUUUGAAAGAGCGUAACCCAACUCGGGAGAAGGCUUCGAAGAAACAGAAGCUGGCCGAGAAAACUCCCUGGUGA